AUAAUGUUGGAUGUCUUCCGUAGUCUAAAGACAUUGCUGAAGACAAGUCGUGUCCAAAUCGAUAACAAUAUAUUUCGUUUGCAUUAUUCAAUAACUGUUAUACUAUUGUUAGCCUUUUGUGUGAUUAUAACUACUAAACAAUACGUCGGCGAUCCUAUCGACUGUGUCCGCAGCGAAGCCAUUCCCCAAAGUGUGAUCAAUACAUAUUGUUGGAUUCAUACGACAUAUACAGUGCCGAGAAGUCUGAAAAAAGAGGUCGGCGUUGAAGUAGUGGCUCCGGGAGUCGAUAUGGAGACCAAUACCAAAGAAUUUCGUUAUCAUAAAUACUAUCAAUGGGUUUGUUUUGUAUUAUUUUUUCAGUCGACUCUAUUCUACAUUCCUCGAUGGCUAUGGAAGAUGUGGGAAGGAGGGAAAAUCCAAGCCCUGAUGAUGGACUUGGAUGUAGGCGUUUGUAGCGAACAGGAAAAAAAACAAAAAAAGAAACUACUGGUCGACUAUCUGUACAACAGUCGGGGCCAUCAUAACUGGUACGCCGCACGCUAUCUGUUUUGCGAAGUUCUGGCACUGGCCAACGUUUGCGGCCAAAUGUAUAUGUUGGACAAGUUUUUUGACGGCGAAUUCCUGACCUAUGGUCUACAAGUUAUUGAAUUUGCCCAACUUGACCAAGAAGAACGUAUAGAUCCGAUGAUCCGGAUAUUUCCGAGAGUAACCAAAUGUCGUUUCUAUAAAUACGGUCCGUCGGCCAACAUCGAGACCAUCGAUGCCCUAUGUCUACUGCCAUUGAAUAUCAUCAACGAAAAGAUCUAUAUAUUCAUAUGGUUUUGGUUUCUAUUGUUAACCGCCCUAACCGUCAUAGUUAUCGUAUUUCGUUUGGUUAUCAUUGCCUGUCCGCCCGUUCGGGUAUAUCUACUUAAUAUGAGGUUCCGAUUGUCACAAUUGGAUCACUUGCAUACCAUUGUCCGGCGGACAUCAAUCGGCGAUUGGUUUCUUGUUUAUAUGUUGGGCCAAAACAUCGAUAGUGUCAUCUAUCAGGAGGUGAUCCAGGAUUUGGCAAUGAAAACCGAUUCACAGCCAUCCGAGUCGAUGAUGAUGUCCACACAAUCCAAGUCAAUGAUGUCCACAUAA